UGUCAGGUACUCAUGUAUAUUUCGUUCAGUUUCAUUCUAUUCGCAUUGUGCAUAAACUACUGUUUGAUCGUGUGUAUCUCGAGUAAACGACGAUUGGAGUGCGCGACUUGACGGUCGAGACGAAGGGAGAGGACAAUAUGAGUGAGAUGACGAGUGCCGUUGAAACGCAACAACAACAGCAACAAUACGUAGACGAUAGUUCGAAUGCGAAGCUUCACUGCAAGGAUUGCGGUGUAAAAUUCGAGAGCGAGAAAAGCCUGGAAGUGCAUCUGCGUUAUCAACACGAAAAUUUGCUAAAUCAAUGGACCAAGACACAGCAAGAAGAGAGCAAUAAUAACCAUAGCAAGACUGGUAAUCAUAAUAGUCACGUGAGCCGGGACAACGUGCCGGCGGACACGAGUGAAGCAUCAUCGAUGUCGCCCUCUCAAGAUUCAACAUCCUCGCAACAAACACAGCAACAGCAACAAUCGCAACAAUCUCACACACAGCAACAGUCUGCUAUACUUUUAUGUUCGCCAUACAAUCAUUUUCGAACUCCAAUGUAUAGCGAGGACGGCUACUUCAUGCAGAACGAUCAGACUUUCAUCUUGUCUCAUCAUCACUUUCCACCAUCACAGGAAAACGGCCAGAAUAACGGCAAUCGCGAUGGAGGUUUGCGCUAUCAUCCGUAUCAACAUCAACAAUUGUAUCCUUCAGAUCGCACGACUUCUAACUCUACCAGCCCGCAAAGCCCGCCUUUUCAAUGCGAUAAAUGCGGUGCCGUGUACGAGGACACGAAUCAAUUAGGUGAGCAUAUGAGAACGAGUCAUUUGGACUCGCCUACCGCGUAUCCAUCCGUGCCUCAGUAUCAGCAACUGGGCAAUAGUCCUCAGCAGCAGGUCCAGCAGAUGCACCCUUCGCCGCCUCUCUCGAAUCAACCGCAACAAUCUGGUUACGACUAUAACGGAGUACAGACGAUCAAGGCUGAAAUGAAGCAGGAACAGCCUGAAGAGCAAGCUGAGAUCCUUGACUUGGAUUCUCAUAAGGUACAUCGAUAUGAAGAGGAGAUAAUGAGACUGCAGCAACAGCAGCAUCAGCAACAACAACAGCAGCAGCAGCAGCAACAACAGCAAGGACUUCAGAUGCAGAUGCAUCAUCAACAGGUGAUGCAACAACAGCAGUCGCAGAGAAUAGAACCGCUUUCGGUAAGUUCCAUGUUGAACUGGCAAACUAUGACUCAUGAUUAUGCUGGACACCCAUCAAUGGGUCCCAUAAACAAUGUUCCACCUAUCACUGAUCAGGAUCAAUACAUGCGCGGUCAACAUAUGCCUGUGGAGCACGGGCAUCAAGGUUCAUCGAUACUCACAAGCGCGCAACCAAUACCGAGCCAUCAGAUAUCGGCUGGAUUCGUGCAACAAACACCGAAAGCGCCACCGUUGGCGAAUCAAUCUUGGAAAAGUAACGAGGCACGCCGUCCAAAGACAUACAAUUGCACUGCGUGCAACAAGUGGUUUACAAGUUCAGGGCAUCUGAAGAGACAUUAUAACACCACGCUCCACAAGAAUGCUGUAAAGAAUGGAAAGGAACCUGAUCCAGCAAAUCUACCGGUCACCAGUCAUCAUCAUCCCAAUAGAGAUAAUAACGCUGGUCAUUCAACGAGCGGUAGGGGCGGUUGCGCUCCCGCGCGAUCUCCACCGAUCUCUACGCGGAGUCCCCCAAACUUGAUGGCAGGUCCCUCGGGCGAGGCGACGGGGGGCCUGCUUCACACGCCCACCACGCUCUGCAACAACAAUUCCAGCAGCAACAGCAGCAGCGAAUCUUUAGCGGUCCUGGUGCAACAGCAGCAGCAGCAGCAGCCGCAACUGAUCCCUCUAGGAAUAAUCAAUUCCCCGGUGUCGCCACUGGCGGGGCACCAUCAGCAACAAAUGGGUACUGCGCCUCACCAAAUGGGCCUCCAGCAGCAGCAGCAACUUCACCUGCCAACGGUUUCGUUGGGCCAGCCGGUGGUGCAUCAUUCCACGACUUCGCCCACCAUGGCCCCACCGGCGCACAUGAAUUGCCCUUCACCAAUGGAUUCAUCAUCCCAUCCGGUUCAUCACAUGAACUCGCUGCCCGGCUCGGGCCAUCCAGCAAUGACUUCGUCCACGGUGAUGGGGGGUACUACGAUGCCUCCUCAGCCGUACCCAAACGCCUUGCCCCCCCACGUUACAAUUACUACCAACAUCCCGGCGGUCCCACUGGAAUCUACCCAAGUACCUACCACCAUGCAGCUAGCUAUUAUUGGUAACGGCCAAAACAAGCAGCCACAACGUUGCUUGUUACCCGGUUUUAAUACCAUCAUGUCGAAUUUGCCGGAUUUUGAAUUGGUCGUAGAUCAAAGCCAGAUACAGACCGUUAACGUGGGGGGGCUAAAUGUAGAGGAGAUCGCUCCUCAAGAGCCCUUUGAUACUUCGACACCGAUCUUUGAUCCAUUUCCGUCACCGUUACAAAAGGUGAAUAAUGUGCAAAACAUAGCAAUAUUGCAAACGAAUGAAAGCAAUAUGUUGCCAAAUCAAGAUAUAGAAAUUGCAUUGUUGAGAUACGAAUUCGAUCGACAAAAUGAUAUGCAGAAUAACAAUCUAAUACCGAUAAGCCAAGCAAAGGAGGAUUUGGAUCCAAAUAUCGGCUUGCAGCCAAAGAAACAGCGUAGAAGCAAAAGUAAUACGAAGAAGCAAAUUGUCACCACCAUCAAUGCUAAUUAUAUCUCGCAAGACGGCGUCUACAAAUGUCUCAAUUGCAAUAAGAAUUUCAACAGACCCUGCUAUUUGACACAGCACAACAAGAGCUUUCAUUCGGGCGAUAGGCCGUAUAAAUGCAACAUGUGCGGCAAACGGUUUUUAAACGAAGAGCAGAACAAAAGGCAUUCGGAAAUGCACGCGAUGGCCAGAAAAUUCCGUUGCGACGUGUGCCCAAAGGUGUUCGCUCACAAAACUGAUCUUAAACGGCACGCAUGUGUCCACACUGGAGAAAGAGCGUUUAGAUGUGAUAUUUGCCACAAGGGAUUCAUCAGACAGGAUCAUAUGAGGAAACAUACGGAAACACAUAAUAAAAAAAAGCGAAUAAACAACACACGGCGAUGCAUUGAGCGACUCACUAAUUCAAGAUACAAUGCUGAACGAGCCAACGACGCUCAACAGCCCGACGACAACAAUUCAACAAUUCAACUUAACAAAGAUAGCAACUGCAUGAAAUUAUAAAGACAUAUCCUUGGGAUGUCUACGUUCGAUUGGAUGCGCAGCCUCGAGAUCGUCCUAAUAACAAAACGCGAGGCUACUAAAUUCUAAGUGAGAAAUCAAUCAACGAGCUGCGUGGCGGCUGCUAUUAUAUCUCGCCGCGAAAAACUCACGAGCAAUCGACGAUGUAUCGUCUUAUGAGUGUGACAAUCGAGAUAUCCACGAAAUGCGAGAUGUUUGCUUAAAUGCAUAUCCCGAACGCGUAUUUAACGUUGAAUGCGACCGAAUCACAUUUGUCCAAUGCAGAAGAGAUCAAGCUUUAAGUAUAACAAGACAAGGUGGCAAACCUCGAACGGCCACAUUCCAGCGUUACUUCACGCGCGAUACAAUCACGAGUUUUACGUGUCUCGCAGGGGUGAAAUCAUUCCGAAAAGAUGAAAGAAAAAAAAAAAAACAAAAAUCGGCAAUCGUCCAAGAUUGUCGAAUCGCAAUACUUGUUAGCUCGUUGCCGUUCGGCAACAUCGGGGGAAGCCAUCCAGCCGCGAGCCGCGAUUUGCGCGCGCAUUCUCAUAUAAAGAUACAAUUAGCUCUGUAACUACUAGCCCUUUCGAGAGGAGCACACUGCCGCCACGAGACAAAUUCAAAGGGGAAUUAAGAAGCGAGGGAAGCCGUGAAAUAAAAAGCUCGAGCGGAUGAUCUCGAUCAUGCAAACCGCGUAGAUUUGUAUACGGGUGCGUCCGCACUCGUGCACCCGUAUUGCGCCGAUUACGUAUAUAUGACGAACGCCAUACACAAGUACCUCAUGAUACAAAACACAUGUACAAAUGUUCAUACGUUUUCAGAAUAAUAUUAGCUAAUUAAUAAAUAAUGAAUAUCCA